AUGUCGAGUAUCAGUAAUACCGAUAAAUCUCGGAUGCAUCGAUAUCAUGACAGCACGUCCAGCAAUCAGGAUACUUUGCCGUCACUAUGUAGUUCCAUUUCCACCACGUCGUCAUCGCUGCAAUCGUUCAAACCGUAUCCGGGACAAAAUCACAGUCGGACCUCGUCCCUAGAGACACAGGCGAUUUCUACCAUGAAAACGAGCCAGAGCGCCCAAUCUCCGACUUGCCAGCACCUGCAAACGAACCACGAUAGGAUUUUAUCUCAAAACGGGAUCCGGUCUGGACCGCAUGGUGCCAGCGACCACCAAUAUCCAUAUGCAUCGUCCAUUUCCAAAAAUGUGGAUGCACCAAAUCAGCAACCCAAACAACAACGUUUGUGGGACGAGUCACAGCUUGCAUUGGAGCUUGCGGAAGACGAUUUGAUUGAUAUCACCAAGAAAAAAAAACGACAUCCUCCUCAACGACUCAUGCGCUAUAUUCUGCAUUCAACUUCUUUAUUUUCUGCACCUGAUGACCAUACCCCCCUUCAAUAUCGUAUAUCCACUUCAUCUUUACCAUUGAAAAAUGACCCGCUGCUUAGCAAGCCCCCCACCGGCAAAUGGCUCGGUCGGUCUAUAGAGAAAAUGAAAAAACUGAUCACACAGUAA